GUGGUCAUGAACUGAUAAGAGGGGAAGGGCUUACUCAGUCCCUUUAUUUUUUCUUUUCUCGCACCCUCCCAUGCAUAUAACGUCGCCACAAUUGUAUUUAACCCGUAUCGGUGGACGGCUUGCGAUUUUUCUACGCUUUUUAGUGUCGAGUAAACCACCGGGACGCCCCCCUCUUUUUGUUUGUCGGUCGUAACGUCCGAACGUCCAGCUGAUUGCUCUGAGUGCCGUUCAAUUAUUCCAGUUCAAACUGAGCCGUUUUGUUUGAGUCAACGGAAGGAUUUUACGGGCCGAAGCGGGCCAGCUUCGCCACCUUUUUUCCACCCGAACUGUGGACUUUAAAGCAAAGAGGACGUGUAUCUUUUUGUCUAACUUGAAUGCCGGAUCGUUUUUUUCCUCAUUGAACGACCAGGCCCCGGACUCAUCCCCAAGCCUCGCGUUUCCACAUCGGUUUUUGUUGGAAGUCAUGGGAGACACAAGUGAACGAAGCAAACCUCCGAGUCUACCUCCCCGGUGUCCGUGUGGAUUUUGGGGUAGGCUGGCUUACUCUGCAGCCAUGACUGAAACAGGUGACUGACAAAGAACUCUGGGCUUUUGCAGGACCCAACUCUGUCCAGUAAAACCAUGAAUCUCUGCUCCAAAUGUUUUGCUGAUAUCCAGAAGAAGCAGCCAGGGGAGGACUGUACCUCCAAGCCUAUCCAAAGCACUGGGAGUAGCCAAUCGCCAGUUUUCAGUAGCGAGACGAGCAGUAGCAGUACCCAAUCCCUAUUGUCGUCGCCGCCCUCUAGCUCCGAGCAGCCAUCAACCGAAGAGCCCUCGCCCACGUUUCCCAGCACGAGGGAAGGCGUGUCGUCCACAGAAACAGCCCAAGGCACACUCUGCACACCCACAAAACGUCCACGAGAAUCAGCGUCGGGCUCAGAGAGCGAGGCGACGCCAGAGAAGCGGCCACGGACAGACGAGAAGGAGGGGAGCAGCGAGGAGGCCCGCGGGACGCCCAAGCAGAAGAAUCGCCGGCGCUGCUAUCGCUGCCAAACCAAACUAGAGCUGGUGCAGCAGGAACUGGGCUCCUGCCGCUGUGGCUAUGUAUUCUGCAUGCUUCACCGUCUACCCGAGCAACACGACUGUCUGUUCGACCAUCUGGGCCGCGGGCGUGAGGAGGCCGUCCUCAAGAUGGUGAAGCUGGACCGCAAGGUGGGCCGCUCGUGCCAACGCAUCGGGGAGGAGUGCUCCUGAUUGGCCACACCGUGACCAGCCAUCCAGUUAGAGAUGAGGCGCUUACAAAGAGGAGGAGAAGGAGGUGGAAGAGCUAGGAGGAAUGACAAAUGGGGGUGAUGGGUGGG